UCUGACGGCUAGCUUGGCUGGUGUGUGGUGGGUAAAAAAAAAGAGCGUAAAUAUAUAAGAUAUACACACAGCUGUGCUCACGCGCAUAUAUAUAGAUAAAUCGGGUCGCAUCGGCGCAUAACUACCUUACGUGUAUAUAUAUAUAUAUAUAUACCUCCGCUAUAUCUAUAAAACCACUAUAUACCGCUCCGGCUGCAGGGUAUAAACUACUCUUCGACCGACUCGUAUCGGUAUAUUCCUCUCGGGCGUCAGUGCUGGUGCACCAGCCGGACGGACACAUCGGCCAGUCACUCUCGGUCUUUAACACACACUCCUGCACCGUCACUUUUGUACCUCCAGUGUUAUAUCUACUAAGUAACUAAACUAUCUCCAUUGGCGCUCGCUCUGUAUACACAAUACAACUUCUGUCAAGCCAGAACGGAUAUGGUGUGCGCGCGGUAACAAGGUUGUAUUAUAUAUAUAUAUUAUACGAGGGAUAAGUAGUUUCGUGGCGUUACGAACGACUGCAGGCCGUGCAGCUGCGCCGUUGACAUGUGACUGUGGGUGUGUGCAAAAUAAAGUAAAAAAAAAUAGUCAAAGAAAAAAAAAAUCAGUUAAAGAAACGUGUACUCGUGUGCCGCGUGGUCUCGUGGGUGUCGCUGUUGAAUUACCCAAGUGCCCCGUGAAUUGUGGAGUAAAAGGAGCACCAUCACCACCACCAGCAGCACAGCUGAUAUUACUUGCAAUUAUUACGACAGUCCGACGCCGGGAGGGAAGAGGGGGAUAGAGAGAAGGAGGGUGUGUGGAGCAGCCCUUGUUCUUCGCUGACAUAUUAUAUCACACGUAUAUAAUAUAUAUACGCUGCUGCGAGUGCCAGAGAUGGGCACAAAUUUUCUACCCUACUCGAGAUAAAAUUGGGAAAAAAAAAAAAAGAUUGUCACCCGCAAGCAACCCCGAGGCUUGACGGAGCCCGAUAAUGGCAGAUCUGGCGGAUCUGGCGCUCGACACCGCAGUUGAAUCGCAGUACGAUGGCAGCGAGCAAAUUCAGUUCAUACCGGGCGGAAGCCGCCAGGUGACGAUACGCCCGCCACCGGCGAGUCUCCACCUCGAGCACGUCAACAGCACCGGCGCUGAGGAGCCGGGGAGUAAUAAUUGCGGCUGCAGCGUUGCCAGCUGUAAGAACAACGGUUGCGGCGGCGCGAGCCUACCGAGCCGGAAAAUGAUGCCGAACGGGCCGGGUGUCCACGGCCAGGGGAACAAAAAGCCGGUCGUGUCGCUCACUCACCUGCCGAGGCGGCCGCCCGUUGACAUCGAGUUCAAGAAUCUCACCUACAGCGUCUACGAGGACAGAUUGAGAGGCUACAAGACCAUAUUGAAAUGCGUGCAAGGAAAAUUCAAAUCCGGCGAGCUGACGGCCAUAAUGGGCCCCUCCGGAGCCGGCAAGAGCACCCUCAUGAACGUACUGGCCGGUUACAAGACGUCCUGCUUGAGCGGCUCGGUUUUGAUAAACGGAAAGGAAAGGAAUCUCCGUAGGUUCAGAAAAAUGUCGUGCUACAUCAUGCAAGACGACCGCCUCCUGCCCCACCUCACAGUCUACGAAGCCAUGACUGUGUCCGCGAAUCUCAAGCUGGGCAAGGACAUAAGCACGUGUGCCAAACGAGUUGUGAUCCAGGAAAUAAUCGAGACGAUGGGCCUGAGCGAAGCGUGCAACACGCAGACCCACAGUCUGAGCGGUGGCCAAAGGAAGAGGCUGUCCAUUGCCCUCGAGCUGGUGAACAAUCCGCCGGUCAUGUUCUUCGACGAGCCCACCUCUGGCCUCGACAGUUCCUCUUGCUUUCAGUGCUUGAGCCUCCUCAAGUCCCUCAGCAGAGGAGGUAGGACAAUCAUCUGUACGAUUCACCAGCCGAGCGCCCGGCUCUUCGAGAUGUUCGAUUACCUGUACAUCCUAGCCGAGGGCCAGAGCAUCUACCAGGGCAACGUGGGCGGACUCGUGCCCUUUCUCUCGUCGAUGUGCCUCCACUGCCCGAGCUACCACAACCCGGCCGACUACGUGAUGGAAGUAGCGUGCGGCGAGCACGGCGAGUGCGUGCAGAAGCUCGUCUCGGCGGUGAACAACGGCAAGUGCAACAACUACCAGCAGCAGCAGGCGGUGCUGGCGGCGAUGCACGGCGCCUCGAACGACGUCGCGAAGCAGGCGAUGCUCCACCAGCAAGCCGAGCCGGAGCCGGAGAUCGGCACGACGCCCGUGUCGGGGGACGCGGUUAGCGCGAGCAGCAAAACGACGCCGCCCGAGGCCAACGGGACCAAUGUCGUGGUGAGCGUGCCCGUGUCGUGCACGACCUCGCUCCUCGACAGCGCCGAGAGCAUCGAGGCCAAGGUUGGCUUUCCCACGAGCGGCUGGAUCCAGUUCUGGAUACUACUCAAGAGGACCUUUCUCUCGCAGACCCGCGAUCUGACGCUGACGCGGCUGAGGCUAGUGUCGCACAUAGUCGUUGGUUUCCUCAUCGGUACUAUUUACUAUGACAUUGGUAACGAUGCCUCUAAAACGAUGAGCAAUGCCGGCUGUGUCUUUUUUACCGUCAUGUUUGUCAUGUUCACCGCCAUGAUGCCAACUAUUCUCACAUUUCCAAUGGAAAUGGCCGUUUUUGCCAGGGAACACCUCAAUUAUUGGUACUCGCUGAAAGCGUACUACUUUGCGAGAACCUUGACUGACAUACCGUUUCAAAUCGUGUAUACGAUAGCCUACGUAAUAAUAGUGUACUUCAUGACGUCGCAGCCCCUCGAGCCCGAGAGGUUUUUCAUGUUUCUAAACAUUUGCAUAUUAACGUCUCUGGUCGCCCAAUCCAUCGGCUUACUGAUAGGCGCCGCAAUGACUGUCGAGACGGGCGUGUUCAUCGGGCCAGUGUCGACGGUCCCGAUAAUCCUGUUCUCGGGCUUUUUCGUCAACUUCAACGUUAUCCCGUCGUACCUGCGCAUCUUUUGCUACAUCUCGUACAUGCGUUACGGCUUCGAGGGGGCGAUGGUCACGAUAUUCGGCUAUGAUAGGCGUAGCCUCAAAUGCCCCGAGGACUUUUGCCUGUACAAGUCGCCCCGGAAAUUCCUCAUGGACAUGUCCAUGGACAAGGCGGACUACUGGAUCGACUCUCUCGCCCUCAUCGGCUUCCUCACCUGCCUGCGGAUAGUCGCCUACUUCGUGCUCAGGCUCAAGCUACGCCUGCUGCGCUAGACCAAUAUAACCCUUUUCCUUUUUCUUUUUUUUUUUUUCAUUUUUUUUUCUCCCACACACGCAUCAUAUUACACACCACGUGGGUAUACAUGAAUUAGAAUUACGUUACGUAUGUAUAUAUAUAUAUAUAUAUAAAUGCAUACUUACGCGCAAGGGAUCCAAAGACGCGUCUCGG